UACUUAGCACUGUUAGCUAAUUGAUGCUACAUAAGUAUCGCUUUCACGGAACCAAAUGAGGCGCGGCGAGUCACCGAGGAAGGAGUUCAGACCUCUAAGUCACGCAGAUAACAAGAAGCUAACAAAAUCAGAGGAGUUGUACUACUUGGAUGUUGACCAGUCCAAGAGCUCUUCUCUUAAAGGCGGGAAUAUUCAGCCUCUGACCCUUCACCCACGGGACCUCGAUAAAAUUCAUACACCAAAACCACCCAAGGGACGUCAAAAACCAGUGCCCAUGGCUUGUGUGUGUAAGACAAAGCCUGCUGAGGAAGUUAGAGAUGCUGUGCGAUGGCCGUUGGCUCAACCAGUGGAUCUAGAUCCUGACUCUGAACCUCUGGACUACACAGAAAUGGAAGGGCUGAGGUUUGAUGACCAAGGGAUGGUUCUUCCGCACAGCAUCCUGGGUAGUUUAGAGGAUUUCAGAGGUUAUCUGGAGGCCAAAGGGGAGACAGAGUUGGUGAAGCGAAUACCAAAGUCCCAGAGAUAUAAUCCAUCUGAGGCCCCACGGAGGCAUCACACCGAGGCUGUGCAGAAUGAGCGUGGGAUCUCCUCAGGCCACAGAAACAUCCAAAGUAAUGCUCUGCAGCAUUGGCAUACACAGAUGACGCAGCGCAGGCGGCAGCAGGACUUCUUAUCUGACCAUCUCGACAGGCCAGUCGAAAACUUACUGAUGAACCAAGCUAACCACUUCAGAGAAACUCAGGAGCAGAGGGAGUUUCUAAGCCAGGUCAUGCCACUCAUCCACCCUGGAUAUGGUUACCGUGUGGGCAGUGAGUUUUGGAGUCUCCCACAGCGUUAUGGAGAUGAAAUGAGUGGCAUCACAGCCACUCUGACUCAAACACAGCAGGGCAGAUGGGAGCCUGUCACACAUAUAGGACAACCGAGCAGCAUACGCCAGGAAUCAGGAAUAUUUGUUGCUGAGACUCUGCGUCAAGCCUCUCGGACUUGGGAACAGUCCUUAUACCUUCAGCACCAGCGCCAGGAGCUUGGAGAAGUUCUACAGGACAUGGACAUCAAAAAGCCGGACAUCAAUGGACUGGAGGUUAUUGGCUCUGGAAAGCCUUUCACUUCUGUCACAGUGUGUCCCAGUCCCUUACUGGACAAGGAGGAAGAGGAGGCAGAGCACAAGAUGAUGAAGAAGGAGAACCUUGAUCCACAGACACAGUAUGAUGAUGUUCGGUUGGAUGCUCUGCACAUUCCUGCCUUAAGGUUCUGUAGUCAGCUUGCUAGCUGGACUGGAAACUCUACAACUAACCAGGGAGAAGUAGGAAUCAGUGCCACAAUAUUCUUUGAGGCCCUGACUGGAGACAGAGCAUCAUCCCACCUGGAGCUGCACAAUGAGGGCAGCACAGCCAUCUUCUACAGCUGGCAGCAGCUUCCAGUGCCACACAGCUUUCCUAAAUUACGAUCACAAACAAAGAACCUGCACUUCUACUUCAACUCCUCCUCUGAUGUCAUCCAUCCAGGUGAUACCCAGCGGGUGGAGUUUAUAUUUAAGUCUGAGGAGCCAGGCAUAAAGACUGAACUAUGGCAGCUCAACACCCACCCUUUGCUGCUGCAAGGAGCCUCCAUGCAGGUCACAUUGAGGGGAGUGGCUCUGUACCAGGACAAAAGUGCAGACCAGAAGCUUUUCAUAGAGACAAAGCUGGAAAAGACAGUGAAGGUAAAAAUGUGUCGGUCCAUUGUGUAUGAGAUGCUGCAGGGAGUCCGCACCCCAGAGAGACCCAGUUCUCCUGCAGAGCUUUAUGUCACUGAGGAGCAGGAGUUUUUAAGCAAAAACCCCAAGUUGCAGUACCUUCAUCAGCCAGUGGAGGACCUAAAGAGACUGUGGCAAGAGGUUCAUUCGGGACAUACCUGGGACCUCUCUGUCGAUACACUCCAACAGGUUGUGCUGUCUCUGCCCAAGCAAGAGUCAGCUCAGGAAAAUAGCCUGGCCCAACUCAACUCUCUGCUUCUGCAGCUUUCUGAACCCUCUCAACUGAAACACCGCCAGCUAACAGCAACAGCUAUAGGGCAGCAGCUGUGGAGGAAACUGCUGGACACGAUGGCUGGUGAGGCCAUGUGGCUCAGAAACCUGCUGGGCCUUCCAGAGAAAGACACAUGGAUCAAUAAAAAGGAGGAAUUCCUGGUCUCUGAUCCCGAUAUGGCUGACAGCAUAGAUGAGAGGAGUGAGACAAAGCAAGGAGCAGCUGCUGAAGAGCAGAGCAGUGGGUCAAGGUCCAGAUUUAAAGAUGACAACAAAGGGGAGUCCAAGUCAGCAACAACUGAAAAAUCAGUGGAGGUAAGCAAAAAGAAAGGGAAGAGAAGGGAGGAAGUGGGGAAACGCACUAGGGAAAAGCAAGGGAAGGACUCGGCCUCUCUGAUUGAUAUCCCUUCAGACAGCAUCAGUCAACAACCUCCUGAUGGCCAAGGUGUAGGGCCGGAGGUGAUGGACAUUUAUACAAGACUCCUGCAAGUAAAGGUUUAUGCUCUGAUGGAAGACCUGGUAGAUAACCUGUGUGACCUGAUGGAUGACCUUAAUGAGGGAAACACAGAAGCACUACACACACAAUACUAACACGUGAGAGCAGGCUGAGGAGCCUACACAUGAAUGUUUUAUUCCUAAUUCUGUCGUUUUUAUACCUUUUAUUUUGUUGUGACAUCAAUAAAGUUUUUGUUCC